GAUACAUAAAUUUCGACUUUCAAGCUGAAAGAAAACUAUUCAAAUGUUAGUAAACUACAGGAAUUAGUAUAAUUAACUAAUUAACUACUCACAUAACUUAACUCGAAGUAUUAAGUGUAUCCAGUCAAAUGUACAAUUUAAGUACGAUUCGAAACGAAUAAUUUGCUUACGUGUUGAGCUAGGUAUAAAGAAAAUGCUUUAUUAGUUCCCGUGACACAAACGGCUUAGUGAUGAAUAAAAAACCCACCAGAACCGGUCCGAGGAUCCGUAUAACCCGGCCGGCUAAUAGAAAGAAGGAGGAACUGCCGAAACAGGAAGAAAAAAGCCUGAUCUACACAUGUCAGUACUGUCGUGUGAAAUUUACUCAGAACAGUCAUUUCUUCCGACACAUGACCUCAAAUCACCAGAACCAGCAGAAGGAAGCUACUUUCGAGUGCAACGAAUGUCAGAUCAUCUUUAACAAAAAGGCUAACCUAGAUAUGCACUGCCAAACUCACCAUCUGAAGCAUAGCAAGUCUAAAUGUGAGUCGUGCGCGAUCACAUUCAAGUCACGUUAUUGUUUACGUCGCCACAUGAAGCUGAAGCAACUACUCGCAGAGAAUUCGUGUUUGAAAUGCCAGAAAAAGUUCACGAGUAAAGAACGUCUUGUGAAACACACAAAUAAUAAACAUACAUUUAAGAAUGUUACAUUUGAGUGCAGCCACUGUACUUUAAAGUUCAAAGCGAAGGAGUCUUUGUUGACGCAUUUGAAUCGGAUACACAAGAGGUUAUGAUUAUUUGGAUAAUUUUUAGUUUAGAUUCUAGAAUAAGAUCAAUUUUAUGUUGCUUAACGGAAAGGACUCGACAUACAAAAUUCAUAUCAUCAUUAAUAACCUGUAACAGUCCACUGCAGCACGGCUAGCAUGGGUAGGAGACAAUUAUCUC